UUAAUGUUGAAAGGGCUGGAACGUUUUGGUAUGGAUGUGAUGGAUGUAGUGCCUGGUUCCAUUAUAGGUGUUUAAGUGUGGAAGAGAUGUUAAAGAGUUUCGCAACCUGAAAGAACUGACACUCAAUAUCACGAAACAGACAGGAUCAAGAAUCGUUUCAUUGGAAAAUAUCAAAUUAACUGGAGCUAGUAGUGUUUUCGAGGUGCUUGGUGUGAGAACGGAUAUUUUACUUAGGAAAUAUGGCAGAACAGGAAAUGGAAAGUAAAGAUCAUCAACGGAAGGUUGCCAUAGGAAUUGAUGAGAGUGAACAUUCAGAACGAGCCAUUCAGUGGUUCUUUGACAACGUGAUGCGACCAGACGACUUUAUCGUGUUGAUACACACUCCUGAAAUAUAUGAUCUCACUAUGGCCAGUCCAACUGUUGUUGAUCAGCUGCUGAAGGACGUUACAAAGAAAGUGAAAGCUCUAGAGAAAAAGUACAAAAACAUUGUAGAGAAAAAAGGGCUCGUAUUUCCGUUGAAACAGCUGACGGGCAAAUUCCGGACAGGUCAGGGGAAGCCAGGAGAGGUUGUCUGCAAAAUCGCAGAGGAGGAAAAGUGCAAGCUCGUGGUUACCGGCACGCGUGGACUCGGCAAAGUCCGGAGAACAUUCCUCGGCUCCGUUAGCGAUUACAUCAUCCACCACUCGCACGUGCCCGUUCUAGUAGUCAGAAAUUCAGCACUUCAACACUAGUGCCUUUAGUGUUUUUAUUCCUUGUAAUUUCACUUGUGGACUGUUCAUUGAAAACAGUCAUCAUCUGAAAUAUCGUUUAAAACAUUUCUUAUCUGUUAUUUCUUUAAACAUCGAGUCAAAUGUGAUGGAAUGAAAUUCAUAACACAAUACCGUUUUGGGCUUGACCGUUUAUGUUAAAUAGGACUGUAGUGGGUAUGAACCAUUGUAGUGGUUCAUUGUUUUGAUAAUGUGCGAUUGACCUGGCUUUUGUUGUGGGAACACGCAAAGUGGAUUUAAAUUAACCUUUCCAUUCUGAAAUGUUCGCGUCCUCAUAUCUCAUACAUGUAGUUUGCGUAUUUGCACACUUCAGUUGUUUUGUCCUAAUAUUAUACCGUCUGAAUCUUUUCGUUGUUAACAUAUCAGAUUGUACUCAUUUCUUCAAUUCAAUUCUAAGAACAAUAUUUUCGUGAUUUACAGCACUGUACACUAAAUGAUUACACGUAUGUUAGUUUAACUUUAGUAAAUUCAGUUUUUUUUAUAUACAAUUUCAAACAAAAUUAAUCUUUCGCCCUACAAUUGUUAAAAUUCAAUUUUAUUUGUCGGAUAUAUUAGAUUGUUGAUUGUGAAAAAUGUUUAAAAAUAAUUUUGAAAGCAUUUAGCAUGAACCUAAAUUCAUCGCAAAUGUAGGGUAAAUUUGAUUAUGUUAAGGAACUAAAAGUUGUACCAUGUUUGAACGUGUGUAUUCGUUAGAACACUUAUACUGCUCGCUACAUAUUGAACAUUGACAUUGUCCACGCUCCCGAGCUCGUGCAUAAUCUCAUUAUCGCCUUGUGAGUGCCGAAACUGUUUUUAUGGUCAUUAACGAAUACAAGUGCGAUGUAGCAGUAACUUAUAAUGUGUAUCAAUUUGCAUGGAUCUAUAUGUGUACAUACAGACAUCGACAAAUUAUAAUAAUGGGCUAUUAAACAUAUAUGAAUAGGU